AUGGCAACAACAGCCACUCUCACCACCACCACGCAACCUCUCCCCCCAAACUUCCUCCCUUACAUAGAUAUGACAACCCUUUCCCAAUCAGAACUCCAUACACUCUCCCUUAUCUUCUCCACCCCACCUUCCACCACUAACAACACCAUAACCCCUUCCAUUGACCGCACAAACUUCAAUGAAAGCGCCGGCUCUCGUCGCCAAACCUUCGCCCGCCCUUCCCACCACCACCACCGUCACCGCCUCGCCGCCACUGCCUUCUCCAAAACCCACACCAGCCCACUUAACAAUCCCAUCCCUAAUGACCCUGACCGCCUCGAAAACCCCGCCAUAGUUAAAUUCCUCAAGAACCUCUUAUCUUCACACCCUGAAUUUCAAGAACCUGAUUUCUCAGUCGAAUUUGAUACUUUCAAUCAUUUUAACCAUCCCAUCACUAUCAUUUCUAACUCAUUAGCACCCCAGCAAGUUUUAGAUUUUAAUAUGCCGCCGGGGGAACGGAAGAGAAAAAGAGGGAGGAAACCGAAAGUGAAAGCUUUGAGUAUUGUGCAGAGGGAAAUGGGGUUAGAGAUUGCAGACAGAAACGGGGUGGCUAUAGAUUUAAUGGGCUUAGCAAGUUUAAAUGAUCCUUAUAAAGAUGAGUUGAAGAGAAGGACUGAAGGGAUGGAGAAGGAAGAAGAGUUGUUGGGGUUUUUUAGAGAGUUGGGUGGACAAUGGUGUAGUAGGCGAAAGAAGAGGAAGAUUGUUGAUGCGAGUGAGUUUGGAGAUUUUUUGCCUGUUGGCUGGAAGCUUAUUCUUGGACUUAAAAGGAAAGAGGGGCGUGCCUGGGUUUAUUGCCGCAGAUAUCUAAGCCCCGCUGGACAACAAUUUCUAUCCUGCAAAGAAGUAUCUGCAUAUUUGCAAUCUUUCUUUGGACCUUAUGAUGCACAGCAAGCAAAGGAUCAUGCUGCUGACAGUAUUCAGCAGGACCAUGGAGUGGUUUCUCAUGCAGGUGCAAUUGAAAGGGUGGAAGAUCAGAAACAGUCCAAUGAACAUCAGAAGCAAGUUGCCUUAUUGGGAAUUGACAAUUUGGCAGAGGUUCAGAUUCAUGAUCUUUUUGAAUGCCAUAAAUGCAGAAUGACAUUUGAUGAGAAGGACACAUAUUUGGAACACCUUUUGUCAUUUCACCAAAGAACUACACGGAGGUAUAGACUUGGGUCUUCUGUUGGGGAUGGUGUAAUAGUUAAAGAUGGAAAAUAUGAAUGUCAGUUCUGCCAUAAGGUAUUUCAUGAAAGGCGUAGGUACAAUGGUCAUGUAGGAAUCCACGUGAGGAAUUAUGUGAGGGGGAUUGAAGAUUCACCUGGUGUGAAGAACUAUAUGAGGGGAAUUGAAGAUUCGCAUGCUAUCGAGUUGGCUCUACAAAAGAGUGACUCUCCAAUCCAUGAUGACUUGCCUGCAAGAAUCUCCAAAAUGGAUGCACUGAUUGAAAUAGCUCAGAACUCAAUUCGAGAAACAUCAUCUUCUGGACCAAAUGAUGAACAGAAUGUGGUUUCUGAUUCAAAACUUCUUGCUUCAGUUUCUGAUCAUGAACUGAAUUCUGAUUCUCUGCCCAGUGGACCACAAAUAGAAGAUAGCAUGGCUGACAAAUCUUGGGAACUCAAUUUACACCAACUAAAAGUAGAUUUUAUGGUGAUUGAUGAAAAGAUGGAGAAGGUUGAAGAUGCUAGUAAUGUUCAAAAUGUUAAGACAGUUUCUUCAUCUGCUGAUUCUCAACAGGGUAAUACACUUGAAAGUCUUGGUAGAAAUGAUGAUCUGGCACCUGGCACCGAUGCAAUUGACAGGUCUGGCAUUAAAUGGGAAAGUGGUUCUGAAAGUCAUUCAGUUGCUCCAGUGAGUACUCAGAAAAUGUUUGGUGCUGAGAGUAAUAUGAUUUUUGUUGGUUCUGACAGACCACACCAUGAUAAGCCAGAUGAAGAGGAUAAAAGCGUGAAUGUUGAGAUGGAAAUUGGUUUUGGUAGCAAUAACAGUUCUGCAGAUGGUGAUAUUAUUCAAGAUGCUGGAGGACAUUCUUUCCAAGAAAAUGUGCUUAAGUGUGGAGUUCCUGAGCCACAGUUGCAAUUGCACCAUGACUAUUCAACACCCGAGGCAAUCUUGGACCAGGGAGAAAAUGAAUUUGGUACAGCUGACCAAAUACAUGCCAAAGUUACAGGAUUUGAUGAGCUGAAGCUGGACGAUAUAGAGCACCUAAAAUUUAGUUUGGGGACUGGGCAAGAGCCUAUUUCACUACAUGAGGUGCCAUUAAGUGUGGAAAAUAAUGCUGAGAUGGAAGCAGCAUAUGGCUCUUCACUUCAGUUUGAAUCAGAAGUUGUUGGAGACACAGCUGGCAGACAAGAACUAACAACGGUGUGUGUAUGGUGUGGAGUUGAGUUCAGCCAUGAGGCUUUUGAUACUGAAAUGCAGUCAGAUUCAGUUGGCUACAUGUGUCCGGACUGCAAGGCUAAAAUCUCAGGGCAGCUCAAUAUUUGA